CCCUAAGAAUGUAGCUCUUGGCUAGGGUUCUUCGUUUGCAGAAUGCCGAGCUACAAGCUCAAGGGCGUUGACGUGCGCUUCCCCUACGAUGCCUACGAUUGCCAGCUCGUGUACAUGGAAUCUGUGAUAGCGGCGCUCCAGAAGGGGCAAAAUGCGCUUCUGGAGAGCCCGACAGGGACUGGAAAGACUCUGUGCUUGCUCUGUGCGACACUGGCUUGGCGGGAGAGUCUCGCUCCGCCGGAUCGGGGGAGGAGGAUGAGCGCCAGUAGUCAAUCCAGUGAUCUCGAUCCCACUUCCUCGCAGGAGGCAAACAAGCUUCCUACGGUAAUCUACGCUUCUCGAACGCACAGCCAGCUCCAGCAAGUCAUUCACGAGCUCAAGGCGACGUCAUACAGGCCGAAGAUGGUGGCUCUUGGAUCGAGAGAGCAGCUAUGCAUUGAGAAAGAUGUGCAAAAAUUGCGGGGGAGAGCUCAGAAUAAUGCUUGUCGUACCUCGUGCAAAGCCCGCAAGUGUUACCACCACACUCGUGUCAAUGAAUACCUCAAAAAAAAUCCGGAACUCGGGAACGAACCGAUUGAUAUAGAAGAUUUAGUUCGAAUUGGCAGAACCCAUGGUCCAUGCCCGUAUUUCCUCUCUCGAGAGCUUCACGGUUCAGUAGACAUGAUCUUUGUUCCUUAUAACUAUCUCAUCGACAAGGAAAACCGAAAAUCGCUAACCGGAAUCCGUUGGGAGAAUUCUGUCAUAAUAUUUGACGAGGCUCACAAUCUGGAAGGUGUUUGUGCUGAUGCAGCAUCUUUUGACCUUCCGACGACCACAUUAUCGGCAUGCAUCUCCGAGGCUGGCCAAUGCGUUGAGCUGGCAACACUUCAGAGAAGCAUCAGCAAUAAUGCAGACAAGUCUGGUGAUCCUGAAAACUUCGCUCUGUUGAAAGCUUUGUUGUUGGAGCUGAGCAAAAAAAUUGACGACAUCUCUUUUGAUUCGGAAGAGCUAGGUUUCACACGACCAGGAUCUUACAUUUAUGACUUCUUGUCGGAGCUGAAAAUUACCUGGGAAACCUCUACAAUGCUAACAGAUACAAUUGAUUCUGCUAUCAGUCUCCUACAAGAAGAUUCUAGCGCGCCUUCGGGAAAGCCAAAAACAUCAACUUGCAAGCUUGAGUUGUUACGAGAUGCGUUCCGCACUAUAUUCAGGGGAAAGGACUCAUCUCAUGCUACCUGUUACCGUGUGCAUGUACAAAACUCUUACAGAAGAGCCGAGGACAAGGGAUUGAGCAAAGGCGACAAAAAAUCACGAACUUUUAGCUGGUGGUGUUUCAAUCCCGGAAUAGCCAUGGAAGAGUUUUCAAAAUUGGGAGUUCGUACAAUUGUAUUAACAUCUGGAACGUUGUCCCCGCUUGAGUCGUUUGCCAUCGAAUUAAAACUACCAUUCGACGUCCGGCUGGAAAAUCCUCAUGUGAUAGGAGCGAACCAGAUAUGGGUUGGUGUGGUAUCCUCUGGGCCUUCCGGACGGGCUUUAAAUUCAUCUUAUCGAACUCGGGACUCUCCGGAGUAUAAAAACGAUCUUGGGAAUACAAUUGUAAAUUUCGCGCGAAUUGUUCCCGAUGGUCUACUUGUAUUUUUUCCUUCCUACUAUUUAUUGAACUCAUGUGUUGAUUCAUGGCAAACUCCGAAUCAAGUAAAUGGACACACGUUAUGGGAGAGGAUUUGCAAGCAUAAGCAACCGGUCGUUGAGCCAAAGGAGUCGGCAUUAUUCAAUCAAGCACACGAGGAUUUUCUGGCGAAAGUAAAGGAUUCAACAGCUACAGGAGCUGUGUUUUUUGCUGUUUGUCGAGGAAAGGUUAGCGAAGGUUUAGAUUUUGCGGAUGAAACGGGACGCGCGGUUAUUGUUACAGGAAUGCCUUUUGCAAUGAAGACUGAUCCGAAAGUGCGUUUGAAGAGACAGUAUCUAGACGAGGAAGGACGACGAACAAAAACCAGUACCCGUAAGGUUCUGACUGGAGAGGAUUGGUACGUACAACAGGCUUCACGAGCCGUCAAUCAGGCUGUAGGACGGGUUAUACGACACAAGAACGAUUAUGGUGCAAUCAUUCUCUGUGACGAAAGGUUUGCCCAGGCUGGUGCACAAAGUCAACUGUCACUGUGGCUCAGACCCCACGUCAAGCUAUAUUCGAAGUUCGGGGAUGCUGCUUUUACAUUGACUAGAUUUUUCAAGGACAAAAAGCCACAACCGCGGACAAUGUCUAAAGUCCAGCAAAACACGUCAAGCUUGCCUGAUUUGCCGUGUUUGAACAAAGUUCAUCCAUUACAAAGUGAACCAAGACAGUCAGCUGUAACGGCAUUCAUUGCAUCAGCUGUUUCUACGGUGUCUGCGGUACACGAAAAUGUUUUCCUGGAGCGUAAAACUAUUGAUCCCCUAAGUAAGAUCUUUGGGGCCUCUACAAAUGAACAGCAGCCACUGUCUGUGGUGCUUGCCGCGAAACGAAAUCAGCAGCUCUGCAGUGCGGCAAUCAAGCCUGCCAAUCGCGCGUUUGGAAGUCGUCCCGAGCUCGUCAAAAACGCCAUUAGCGUCUCAAAACAGCGAGGUUCUGAUGAGGGUACCGAUCGUGUGUCUUCGCCAAUAGAAGCUUGCGAGGCCGGCACGGUCGGUACUUCCGCUUUCAAAACUGCUGGAAAUUACAUUCAAGAGGUGAAAGCUCGUCUCACUAGCCCCGAGUAUGAGCGCUUUCUGGCGUGCAUGAAAAGCUUCAAAGACGGGACAACGAAGGUAGAAGAUGUCUUCACUACAAUGUCCGGCAUAUUUGCGGCUCCCGAGCGCCGUUAUCUUCUUGAGAGGUUUGGUUGCUUUCUACCGAGUCGAUAUCAGAAAAACUUUGAUGAAUACAUGAGUGCAAAUUCAGGUGAUUGUAAGGAAUGCUACUCUGGCUUUCCCUUGGGAAGUCGGAAGAGGCAAAAACCAUAGCUGAUGUAUAUACCGUACUAUGUUUAUGUACGGGCAUCUAAUAUAUACCUUUCAGCCC